CCUCCAAUCAUCAAAAAACCUUUCCGAGUUCAACCACAACAUUCAACAUUUUGCAAACAAAUCAGCAGUUGCUGCCUGAUCAUAAACAUCAUCAACAAAGAUAAAAAUGGCUUCAGGACAACAGCCAAUCGCCACUGUCUACGUGCGCAACCUCGAAGAGCGCGUCAAGCCCGAACCGCUCAAGGAAGCCCUCAUGGCCAUCUUCUCCGAGUACGGCAAUGUGAUCGAUAUCGUUGUUAAGACCAACCUCAAGGCCAAGGGCCAGGCAUUUGUUGUUUUCGACAAGCCCGAGUCCGCCCUCGCGGCUAUCGAAGAAGUCCAGGGGUUCGAGUUGUUCGAGAAGCCCAUGCAAGUCGCCCUUGCCCGCACUCGAAGCGAUGCCACCGUUAAACAGACCGGCAACGAGGAGGAGUUUGAUGCCCACAAGCGCCGGCGCAUGGCAGAGAAGGACAAAAAGAAGGCGCUCGAAACAGCCGAAGAGCAAAAGCGCCUCAAGCGUCCUCUUCCAGGUGCCGAAACCGCCGUCAGUGGCCGCCCAACCAAGAACGCUCGUGGUGCCGGCCUCAAGUCCACCGGUGCUGGUGCCGCCGCUGUCGUACCCGACGAAUACCUCCCACCCAACCGCAUUCUCUUCGUUCAGAACCUCCCCGACGACUUUGGCAAGGACGAGCUCACUGGUAUCUUCAGCCGCUUCGAAGGUUUCCGCGAAGUCCGUACUGUCCCUGGUCGCAGCGGGAUUGCUUUCGUCGAGUACGACGCAGAAGCCGGGGCUAUUACUGCCAAGGAGAAUACUGCUGGCAUGGCGCUGAAGAAUGGCGAGAAGACGAUGAAGGUCACGUACCAGCGCCAGUAAGCUGGGGGUUGGAGUUGAGAUACCACAUAUAACUGGUUUGAUAGGUAAAGUAGGAUGUAAUGCUCCGAAUGGUACAGGUUUAGCGUAAUCGGCUCAUUGAUGCCUCAGCGAAGGGAAUUAGAGAUACCCAAUGAAAUAGAAACAUGGAAACAAGCAACUCCCGGAUUGCGCCUAUG